ACGAUUCUGAUUCUUCCGUCAUGGCCGAGGUCAAGGAGAAGAUUUGCAGCUAUCUGUUUGGCAUCCAGGACUCCACCGCACUCAACCUUGCCAAAAACAUUGGCUUUUCCAAGGCCAAAGAUGUGAAUGGCUCCCUCUACACCUUGGAGAAGGCGGGAGAUGUGUGCAGGGAGAACACAAACCCCCCAAAGUGGUCUCUCACUGACAACAAACGCAGGCGCAUGCAGCUCAAACUGAGGGCCGAGGAAGUCCAAGGUGUGGCCCUGCUCGUUCCGGAUUCGGAGGCUCCAUCCCCUGUCAUACAGCAAGAGCUGCCCGCCACUGUGCCGACUCCUCCUCCUUCUUCUCCUCCUCCUCCACCUCCUCCUCCGCUGCUGGAGGGCGAAGAGGAGAAAGUUGAGAACGGGCAGCAGCUGUCCGAGCCGGCAGAGCCGCAGGGAGACGGUUCUGCUCUCCGGAUUGGCCCCCCUCGCAGCAAGAGAGCCCGGUACCAGUGGUUUCAAAACUACGACAACUUCGAGAACGGCAAGUGGGCCACGGACGACAUCCCAGAGGACCUGAAUGCCAUCAGCAACCAGGACGAGUCGCGGUGCAUCAUGGAGUCUCCCCUGUCCCCCAGCUACACGGCUCAGUUCGACACGGCUUUCCUCUGCACCCCUUUAGAGAAGCUCAUGGCCUGCCAGAAGAAGAACCCCGUGAGUGGCCUGAUCGAGUAUACCCAGUACACCUACCAGCACUGCGAGUUCGUCUUGCUGAAACAGAGCGGUCCGUCGCACGAGCCACGGUUUAAGUUCCAGGCUGUGAUUGACGGCCGCCGGUUCCCACCAGCAGAAGCGGGCAGUAAGAAACUGGCCAAGCAGGAAGCCGCCGCAAACGCCAUGAAGAUCCUCGUGCAUGAGGGGGAAGAUGGCCUGGAACUGCACAAGACCUUCUACGAGGACACCUCCCUCGAGGAGGAGGAGGAGGAGGAGGAGGAGGAAGAAGAAGAAAUGCCGUCCUCCACGCCGCAAGCAAACGUGCUUUCCGGAAAGAACCCAGUCAGUGCACUGAUGGAAUACGCCCAGAAGUCGGGGAGCGUCUGUGAAUUCCAGCUGCUCUCCCAGGAGGGUCCCCCCCACGACCCAAAGUUCAAGUACUGCGUGAAGGUGGGCGACCACGUUUUUCCUGCCGUGGUGUCCAACAGCAAGAAGGGAGCAAAGCAGAUGGCGGCCGAGGUUGCCCUGAAGGGGCUCUCGGGGGACACCAGUGGCUCAUCCGAACAGGCAGAGCCCCAGGCUGACCCGCCGUCGGAAGUCUCUCCCGGCCAACCUCUUAGUUUGGACGAGACGAAGGCUGCGAGCGCAAAGGGUGUCGGAGAGCUGAUUAAGUACCUGAAUUCCAACCCCGUCAGCGGCUUGCUGGAGUAUGCCCGAGCCAACGGUUUCGCUGCUGAAUUCAAGAUGAUCGAUCAGACCGGGCCGCCCCAUGAUCCUAAGUUCAUCUUCCAAGCCAAAGUGGGAGGCCGCUGGUUCCCAGCCGUCAACGCACACAGCAAGAAGCAGGGCAAGCAGGAGGCGGCUGACGCGGCGCUCCGGGUCCUGAUCGGGGAGACGGAGAAAGCCGAACACCUUGAAGGGAUGGCUAUCACAGAGCUCCCCGUGAGCGGAAGCACCCUGCAUGACCAGAUCGCCAUGCUGAGCCACCAGCGCUUCAACACGCUCACGGCCCGCAUCCAGCACAGCCUGCUCGGGCGCAAGAUCCUGGCCGCCAUCAUCAUGCGGCGGGGGCAGGAGGGCCUGGGAGUGGUGGUCAGCAUCGGGACAGGCAAUCGCUGCGUGAAAGGGGAGGAGCUGAGCCUGAAAGGGGAGACGGUGAACGACUGCCACGCGGAGAUCAUUUCCAGAAGGGGCUUCAUUAGGUUUCUGUACAGCGAGCUCAUGAAGUACGACCCCUCGGCCCCCGAAGACAGCAUUUUUGAGCCGGCUGAUGACAGCAAGCUGAAGAUCAAAGACGACAUCACCUUCCACCUCUAUAUCAGCACGGCGCCUUGCGGGGACGGGGCUCUCUUCGACAAAUCCUGCACCGACCAGGCAAACACGGAGGGAGACGGCCCCCACCAGCCGCUGUUCGAAAACCCCAAGCAGGGGAAACUGCGCACCAAGGUGGAAAACGGCGAAGGCACCAUCCCGGUGGAAUCGAGUGACAUUGUGCCAACAUGGGACGGGAUCCAGCAUGGCGAGCGCCUCCGCACCAUGUCCUGCAGCGACAAGAUCCUUCGCUGGAACGUGCUGGGCCUGCAGGGGGCAUUGCUGUCGCAUUUCCUGCAGCCGGUCUAUCUCCGCUCUGUGACGUUGGGCUACUUGUACAGCCAAGGCCACCUGACGCGCGCCAUCUGCUGCCGCAUGUCGAGGGACGGCAGCACGUUUCAGGCGGGGCUCCCGGAGCCGUAUUGUAUCAACCACCCAGAGGUUGGCCGAGUCAGCGUCUAUGACUCCGCGAGGCAGACGGGCAAAACAAAGGAGUCCAGUGUGAACUGGAGCCUGCCCGACGACACCGACGUGGAAGUCCUGGAUGGCACAAAAGGCAAAGUAGAUGGUCCGAAACUGGACGUCUCUCGGGUCACUAAGAGGAACCUCUUCGUGCUGUUCCAAGAGCUGUGUGCCAAGAUGGAUCGCAAGGGCCUGCAGAAACUGACGGUCUACUCGGAGGCCAAGGAGGCGGCCGAAACGUACCAGAGUGCCAAGCGGAGCUUCUUCUGGGCGUUGCAGGAGAUGGGCUACGGAAGCUGGAUCUGCAAACCCCAAGAGGAGAAGACCUUCUGUCUGGCCGAAGUCUAG